GUUUUCAAAUUGUUUGUCUUUGAGACAAAAGGACAACGGAAGCAUACCAGAUGGAUCUAGUACCCAGGCUUCAUCGGCAAUCAGUAUAUACGAAGUCAGAGCUUUUAAACUCUCAGUCCUUGAAAACAUAACUUCCUGAAUAAGUGAAGCGGUGACCUGCGAGAAACUAAUAACAAAGCAAAGCUUCAACACCCGAACACAGCUAACUGUAAGAAUCUAGAUCGACUGGUCAUGAUGAUGGUGAUAAACGUUUUCCAAGUUAUCGUGAUGUGUGUAAUUAUGGUUUGCCGAGCAUUCGCAGAAGACCACUGCUCACUUUAUUCACAGAAUCAAGAGUGCCACACGGCGACAGAGCAAUUUACCACCAGGGGGUCCCCCCACAAGUACGAUCCGCGCUUCCAAGGUAUCUACACUUUCCCAGUAAACCCCAUACCCAGAAUGCAAUGUGAUGACCCAGACGCGUUAGCUGCCAUCGAUAAUGGUACGCCUGUUAUUCUUCUCAACUGUACGUUCGCGAAUCCCGCUCUAAAAUGGAGCAUUGACUACCUCCUUGAGAACUUGCGUGACAAGGGGCACCCCACAUAUGUGUCACGCAACCGACGCUUUCUUUUCUAUGAAGAGGAUAGGAUCUCUGGUGAUUACGCCAAGUGGAAGCCACCACAUGUACGCAAACUUGUAGGGUUUCAGGAGUUCAUGGAAAUGGUCAAAGAAAUGGAAACGUCUGAUAACGGGACCAGGUCGUAUUUCCAGUCACCGCUGGCCAUCACCGAGGGCAUGAGCGCGUCAAUGGAGCACGACAUCAACUCGUUUGACUACCCGUGGCUACUAAACAUGGUGAAACGUCAGGGGUGGGGUACGGAGGUCGUCAACCUGCUCCUUGUGGGCAUGCGCGAUGUGGUCACUCCGACUCAUUACGACAUUCUAGAGAACUUUUAUGUACAGGUCUCUGGAUACAAAAGGGUUAUUUUAUUCAGUCCUGAGCACUUCCGGUCACUCUAUCCAUUUCCGGUGGCGCAUCCCCACGACCGACAGACACAGGUAAAUUUUGAUGAGCCUGAUUUCGCGCGGUUUCCUCGGUUCCAGGACAUCACGGGUAUGGAGACCGUUCUGGAGUCUGGGGAGGUACUUUACAUACCGAGCUUUUGGUGGCAUUACAUCGAAAGCGAGAAAAACAACAUGACUAUAUCGGUGAACUUCUGGUUUGAGCCUCGUAACAAAACAGACGAACUUCCGAGCGACCGAGAGAACGAGAAUGACCUAGAAAUAGACAACAUCGAAACGCAUGGUGCGAAUACAGACAAAGAGUCAACUGGGAAAGCGAGCGAGCAAGACAUUGCUUCACAUAACACUAGAUUAUCUAGUUCUGAAAACCUGAAGAACCAAUCAGAUACUGAUGUAAAACCGCUGACCGCUGCGGAGUACUUGAGACUGAGGCGGCAGGUGGAGAUGUCACUGUUCAAAGCUACCGCUGACCAUUCCAAGGUUCGUCAAUUAUUGGAUGAAAUGCUCAGUGGAAGAUUCGACUUUCUCGAUCGGAAAAAUGACGGAUGAAUUUUCAGUAAAAAAUAUAAAAAAAAUAAUUAAAUUAAAUUAAAUGAUAGAAUAGACAAUCAGAGAAAGAAGGAUAGGAGAAGCUAUGGAGGAAAUGAAGUUAGAGACUCAAGCUGUGCAUACGAAAGUAGGUUUUGUUGUUGUCAGUCUUGAUUAACGAACCUUCUAGAUGAUAUAUUACUUUCCGUAAUAGGCUGACAUCAAGAGGGUUAUACACCAAGAAUAUGAAAAAUAUUAUAUUUUGACAGAAAUAAAAGUACAAGAACGCUU